GCGGUAACGUGACAUAACGUUAGUGAGCUGGAGGCAGUUUGACAACCACUUCCGCCUGUUUUCCUCUCAAGUCUUUGUCUUAUGUGUAUACCAAAAAGAACAGUUUUGGGAUUAUAAAGUCGCGUUUUGUGCGCUAGUUACCUCGCUUGAAUAAAGCAAUGGCAGGCAGUAACGGGAACAGCUCGAACUGGGCGAUGGAGCGGCGAGUGGAGGGGCUGGUGAACAAACACAUGGCAGACAUGGCACUGGAGACACUUCAGCAGCGACUCUCCGCUGUGUCCCAGGAAAUGAACCAUCUGUCUGCUGAAAUAUCCAGACGAGAAGACACGAAGCGUGUGGAGGCUUUACCACGGCGGAGUGACCCACACUUCAUCGUAGGCUCCCUUCCCGAGUCAUAUACUGACGAGCUAGUGGACGAAAAAAAAAAGUUGAUGCCAAACACAGCAACAUCCUCAUCCUCAUCCUCCUCUUCAGCAGAAACUGCGUCUCAAAGAAAAAUCAUAUCACUCCUGCUGGAGAUAAAAGAAGAACAACAGAGGCAGUGGGCUGUGCUGAAAGACCUGCAAGCCAUGAUUCAAGGACACAUGUGUGAAGAGGAUGUUGAGACUUUGGAUAUAGAGCUACCACUACAGACAAUGGAACAGCUUGAUGAAACGGAGAGAUAUUUGGAGAAUGAUGGAGCACAGAAGAGAAUGGUGUCUCACCUCUCCCGGAUGGGUGGCGCAACAGUGGAUGAUGCAGUUAGACGGCUGAUGCAGGCAGUUCUAUCUUUCAGCGUCGGUUCUGAGUUGAACUGGGUUGGUCGAGGACAAAAAAGGAGUUUCAGAAAUACCAGACUGCAAGGCGUUUUGUUUCGUGCGUUAAAGAAGACCCCUGUAGGAAGGGAGGCUACACACCAUCAGUUUGCAGAUGUAGUAAAGAAGUGGCUGCGAUUCGCUCCAUUCAGACAAGGAGGCAGCGGACGGAGACAGCAUUACAAACCUCCUGUAGAAUUCAUGUGCCAUCAUACUGAUGCUGAAGGGUGACAACAGUGUCUUAUGUGCGCAGUGCUGUUUUAACACGGUUCAAAGUAAAGUUCCAAUUUUUCAAAAAUUAACACAUUUUCAUGUUUCUCUGUAAUUUAGAGUUUAUUUGUCCUUUUGUUUGUUUGUUGGCUCGUUUUUUUCUUCUAAAAUACGACACAACAAGAAAAUGACCUCCCACUGGAUUCCAUUCCAUUCCAAGUCUUAAAGCCUAAAGAACAGAUCCAAAGCAGUACUUCUGUUUUAACUGAAAAAUGAGGUAUUAAUCUGUUUACUGUAGUGUUAUAUAUGAUUAUUAUAAGUGUAAUUAUUUAAAUAUUAGUUUGAAGACUAGUUUUUUAGUAUUUAGUGUUUGUGUUGUCUGGUCUUAUACGUAACACAACAUAAUGUAAUGGGUUUUUUUUUUCCAGAGUCGUUCAUGUGAUUAAGACUUAAAUUCAUGAUAUUUCUGUCCUGAUGUCUACAGAUUAAGUGCCUUUCUGAAAAUAGACAGUCGUGUCUACCCAGUUCAUCAUUCCACAUUAUAUUGAAAUGAUCACAGAAGAGAAAAAUUGUUCAAGACGUCAUAAAGCAUUUAUAUUUUUAACAGCGGAACAAGCAGAGACCGACUUCUAUCAGAUUUUCUGAUACCUUGUUCUAAUAUUUGUACAAUCCCAUACAAGGAGGUCAUCGGCGUUAUACUCUACUUUUUUAAAACAUGUAUGAAAUGUGUUUGUUUUUUUUUGUUUGUUUUUUUAAGAAAUGUUGGAAUAAUUCUUCAAAACUAUCAAAAUCAAUCACAUAUGCACAUUCAGGAAUAUUUGAGGCAAUGGCUGAUCUCUUGAAUGAAAGUUUCUAGCUAGAUCUCUGGAAUGGAUAUUCGAACCUUUAAAAAUGUGCUGAGAAGUAUGAAUGAUAAUCUGAACUCUUAAAUUGAGAGCACUUCACUGUAUGGAAUAGAGUAUUCUAGGUUUUUCUUAUAUAAGGAUUUCUUAUAUACUUUUCUUCUACUUUAUUUUAAAGCAAGCAGUUGCACAUUUUGGUGAUGCAUUUUACUUGAUUAAAAUAAUCAACAAAGACUUUAAGGCUGUCAUAUGACAAUGUAUUAAAGUAGACUUGCAUGUUACACAACUUACUUCUUUAAAGAUUGAGUUAUUCUUCAUUUUGUUUUAGAUAGCUACACUUUAUUGAUUCCCAGAGGGCCAUUUUUAGAAAAUGAUACUCAUUACAUUUAUUUGUUUGCAAUGGGGCACCCAAAAAUUGCUGGAAUUCCAACGCAUGCUCGGUGUAGUUGCAGGUUUUGCUGCUAGGAGGUUUACGCUUACUGUCUGAUGAAUCAGUCCUCUGAGUGGUGUUGUACCUUGUGCAUGUGUGUUGUAUUUGUGUCAUUUUUUCCAAAGCUAUGCAUGUGAAUUUGCCGAAUUUUGUUCUUCAACCCCUAUGACAGAGCAAAGAAUUUUUGAUGAAAAAGAAAUUUUGUUUUUUGCACAUUCAACCACAUUAUUUCUGGUUAAAAGCUCCUUGACUGACAAUGCAGUGUGUGUAGCUGUGAUAUUGCAGACAAGUCCUAAUGUCUAUAAUACAAUCACAAGCAAAAGAAUACAUAUCACAAAACAUUUGCCAUGGAGACUGAAGAAGAAAAAUCACCCAAUUCAAAAAUAUCACAUGCAUUCACGAGGUAUAACACUACUUAGGAGACUGACUCACCAGACUGUUUGCAUAUACUAAAUAACAAAACUAUGAGUGUGCACACCACAUACAGAUUCCGGGAAUUAGGGCUCCCACUCGUACUAAAGUACACCUUAUAGCCAUAGAGCUACCAUAAAAGCCCACUAAGCAUGAUGCCUAAUUAAGGUGAAGGUAAGUAAAGUGCAUAGCCCAACAACAUAACCUAAAAAUAUACCAUGCCGUUAUCAUAUUAAGAGCAAAACAAUUUUUAAAUUGAUAUUAAAGAAAUAGGUGGUGCAGUGGGUAGUGUUCUCAUAACUUCAGGUUCCCUAGUCGGAGCCUGAACUGAGGUUACUGUCUGUAUUUGGGUAGUUAGAGUGGUUACUGUAAAUUGCCCCUAGGUGUGAAAGUGUGUGCAUGGUGUGAUGAACAGCCAUCCCUUUCCAGGAUGUAUUUGUACAUUGUGCCCAGUGUUCCAGGGAUAGGGUCUGGAUUUACCACAUUCCUGAACAAGAUAUGCAGUUACUACAAACUUCUAAUAGGAAUAUUCUUAUAUACUUAUAUACUUUGCAUACAUAUAGUCAAUUAUAACCUACAUUUGUCAGGAUUAUUACUGUGUGUAAAAGUUAAAUCUCAAGGUGUGUGCACAGUCCUGUGUCCAGGAAUGUUGAAGACUGUCUCAUACAUAGGAGGACUGUUGUGUCUUCAAUACCAAACUGUUUUAUGUUUUCUUUCUUUUCUUUUUUUUUCUUUUUUUGCAAAAGGAAAACCACUACUGUUUUUACCAAUAUUAUGUAUUUACUCACAACAGAAGUAAUAA